AGAAGAAUGGCGGGCGGAUCCAUCGAAAUCCCAUUGCGGGAUACAGAUGAAGUGAUAGAAUUGGAUUUGGACAGCUUGCCUGAAGGUGAAGAGGUUCUGAAUAUUCUUCGACAAGAAAUUGCUCCACUUCACAUAUGGGUCACACUUGCACUUGAGUACUACAAGCAAGGCUAUGUGGAAGACUUUGUCAAGAUUCUGGAGCUGUCUCGGACCGAUGCCAGCCUCGAUUAUUCCAACUUUGAGCGAGACCAGAUGCGCUCGCUGGACACGCUGGCAGCAUACUACGUGCAGCAGGCACACAAGGAGAAGAACAAGGAUGACAAGCGAGAGCUCUUCACCAAGGCCACGCUCUUGUACACGACGGCCGACAGAAUCAUCAUGUAUGACCAGAAUCACCUUCUGGGUCGUGCUUACUUCUGUUUGCUGGAGGGAGAUAAGAUGGAACAGGCUGACGCUCAAUUUAACUUUGUUCUGAAUCAGUCGAGUAACAACAUUCCUUCGUUGCUUGGAAAAGCGUGUAUAGCAUUCAACAAGAAAGACUACAGAGGAUCGCUGGCAUACUACAAGAAAGCUCUUCGCACAAAUCCUAACUGCCCUGCUUCUGUCCGACUCGGAAUGGGCCAUUGUUUUGUUAAACUUAAUCGACCUGAAAAAGCCAGAAUGUCGUUUGAGCGUGCGCUGAUGCUGGACCCGCAGUGUGUUGGGGCGCUGGUCGGCCUGGCGAUCCUCGAGCUGAACGCAAAGACCCAGGAGUCGAUCAAGAACGGGGUGCAGCUUCUGUCCAAGGCCUACACCAUCGACUCUUCCAACCCCAUGAUGCUCAACCACCUCGCUAACCACUUCUUCUACAAAAAGGACUAUCAGAAGGUUCAGCACUUGGCACUGCAUGCUUUCAACAACACGGAGAAUGAAGGGAUGAGGGCUGAGAGUUGUUACCAGCUCGCUCGAGCCUUCCAUGUCCAAAAUGACUUUGACCAGGCAUUUCAGUAUUACUACCAGUCAACCCAGUUCGCGCCGGCCAACUUCGUGUUGCCUUUCUUCGGACUGGGACAGAUGUACAUCUACAGAGGAGACAGCGAGAACGCCUCCCAGUGCUUUGAAAAGGUGUUAAAAGCACAACCUGGUAAUUACGAAACAAUGAAGAUCCUAGGAUCUCUGUACUCCAACUCAAACGAUCUGGAAAAGAAAGAUACUGCAAAGCAACACCUUCGCAAGGUUACAGAACAGUUCCCUGAUGACGUGGAGGCUUGGAUAGAGUUGGCUCAAAUAUUGGAACAGUCAGAUGUUCAGGGAGCACUGUCUGCUUAUGGUACAGCAACCCGCAUCUUGAAAGAAAAGGUUCAAGCUGAUGUCCCUCCAGAAAUCCUCAACAAUGUGGCUGCUUUACAUUUCAGACUUGGAAACUAUCAAGAAGCCAAGAAAUAUUACGAAGCUUCGUUGGAGAGAUCUCGAAACGAAGCACAGCAUGACGAGACAUACUACAGUGCUAUCUCCGUGACAACCACGUACAACCUGGCUCGACUCUAUGAGGCAUUCCAUGAGUAUGACAAAGCUGACAAGUUGUACAGAAACAUUCUGCGAGAACAUCCCAAUUAUGUCGAUUGUUACUUGAGACUUGGGUGUAUGGCCAGAGAUCGGGGUCAAAUUUAUGAAGCCUCAGAUUGGUUCAAAGAAGCUCUUCAGAUAAACCAGGAUCACCCAGAUGCAUGGUCACUGAUUGGAAAUCUCCAUCUCACCAAACAGGAGUGGGGUCCAGGGCAGAAGAAGUUUGAACGAAUCUUGCAGCGACCUAACACCAAAGAUGAUGCCUACUCUCUCAUCGCCCUUGGCAACGUAUGGCUGCAGACUCUACACCAGCCAAUGAAAGACAAGGAGAAGGAAAGACGACACCAAGAUCGGGCGCUGGCUAUGUUCAAACAAGUUAUGAGGAAUGAUCCAAGAAAUAUCUGGGCCGCUAACGGCAUUGGAUGUGUGUUGGCACACAAGGGUUGUAUUAACGAAGCGAGAGAUGUUUUUGCCCAGGUGAGGGAAGCCACGGCAGACUUCUGUGAUGUGUGGCUCAACAUAGCACACAUCUAUGUGGAACAGAAGCAGUAUGUCGGGGCUGUUCAGAUGUACGAGAAUGCCCUCAAGAAGUUCUUCAUGCACAACCACGUGGAGGUGAUGGUUUACCUUGCUCGGGCAUACUUCAAAUGUGGCAAGCUCAAGGAAUGCAAAGAAGUUCUUCUGAAGGCCCGUCACAUUGCCCCCCACGACACUGUUCUCCUCUUCAACAUUUCCCUCGUUCAACAGAAGUUGGCAACGUCCAUCUUGAAGGAUGAGAAGAGUAAUCUAAAGACAGUGCUCAGUGCUGUGCGUGAUCUGGAGCUGGCACACAGAUAUUUCAGUUACUUGGGGCAGUUUGGUGAUCGCAUGAAGUUUGAUCUGAACCAGGCGUCAGCUGAAGGAAGACAAUGUUCCGAUUUGCUCAGUCAGGCCCAUUAUCAUGUGGCAAGAGCACGGAAGAUAGACGAAGAGGAACGAGAGAUGAAGAAACGACAGGGGGAAGAACGAGAAGCUUUGAAACAAAAGCAGAUGCUUAUUCAGGAAGAGAAACAGAAGCAGAAGGAAGAACUAGAAAAGAAGAUGCUGGAGCAAAGAGCGGUGUUCGUGGAGAAGGCCAAAAAGAUCUCUGUGAUGCCAGAAAUGGAAGAGAAACCAAAGAAAUCUAAAGGGCGUAGUCGACGGGCUGACGACGGGGAGAUAAUGUCUGAAAAUAGCUCGGACGAAGCUCCUCGCAGAAAGAGGAAGAAGAAGAAGGGAUCGAGUGGAUCUGAGAUGGACGCCGACGAUGAUCGCGAAAACAGGAAGAAGAAGAUGACAAAACGAAGGUCCAAACGAGACCGUGAUGACAGCGAUGACGAGGGUGGCCGAGGACGUAAACGUCGUAAACAGAAGGACAAGAGGAGGAAGGAGAUAGCUGACGACGAUGGGCUGACCGCCAAACAGAGGAGCAAGAUAAAGUCGAAGGCCAUUCUGUCGUCCAGUGAAGGGUCCGAGUCCGGAGGGGACGAGACUCUGAAAAUUGAUGUGGCUGGUAGUGACCAUGAGGAAGGAGGUGUUGGCAAGAGGAGACGGAUAUUGUCAUCUGGAAGCGAGAGCGAAGGUCAGGCUUCGAGGAAAGCUGGGUCAGGAGAGGAAUCGGGUGGCAACAGAAGAUCUCGAGGGUCAGGGUCAGAGUCCGAUAAAAGAAGUGGCUCGGAGUCUCGAUCAAGGAGCCGUUCUCGAUCCAGAUCACGAUCACGGUCACCCGCGAAAUCGGAAUCAGAGUCCAAUGCAGGGAAACCAGGAAGUGACAACGAAGGAAGCGUGCGUUCAGGGGCUGGCUCUGCCAGGGAGUCGGGGGGAGAGUCUCCGAGAGGAUCUGGUGGAGGGUCUCCUGCAAGAUCUGGUGGAAGUUCUCCUGCUAGAUCUGGGGGAGGGUCUCCUGCAGGGUCUGGGGGAGGUUCUCCUGCAGGGUCUGGGGGAGGGUCUCCUGCAGGGUCUGGGGGAGGUUCUCCUGCAGGGUCUGGGGGAGGUUCUCCUGCAGGGUCUGGGGGAGGUUCUCCUGCCGGGUCUGGGGGAGGUUCUCCGAGAGAGUCCGGGGGAGAGUCUCCUCGUGGUUCAGGAGUUGGAUCUGGUGAAGAGGACAGCGACUAAUGUAAAAGUGAUUGCCAUCAUGUACAGUGUAAACCAGCUCUCGGGGUACUUUCUCAUGUCAAGUGUUUACAGAUCUGGUCAAAAAACAAAUGGGACUGAUUUGAAUUUAUAUUCAGUGAACAGUCACAGUUAAGACAGGCAGUUUAUGCUGAGGAAUCCAGUUCAACAUGUGAUGCUGAGUCAAGUAUACAGCUGUCAUUAUCAAUAUUACAUUCAUUUCAUUUUUUUUUUUUCAUUUUAAGUUUGUCAUAUCUUUAUUACAAGGAACAUUUUGUUCAAACUUGUGUUGCAAUUCACUUUGCAAGUUUUAGAGAUCACUUCAUGAAUCUAAAAUGUUGCUAAUGAAAAACAAAUUCAGAUUAAUGUUGGCACCUCAACAGUUACUGUUGAACUUUUGGUGGUCAGUAAUUUGAAUUUUGAAAGGUGGUAAAUGAAUGUCUAUGUGGUGAUGACUUUGGUUGCACAGAAUGACAUUUUGAGAAAAAACUACAUUUUUAAUGAUGGCAACAAAGAAAAGAUAAACAGUUAAUCUUACCUAAUGUUUCAGGUGCAAAAUGUGACUAACAUUCAGUCAGUCCUUAGGAACUGGGGGAUGGGCCUGUGCCCCUACCCCUCCCUUACUCACUUAAGGACGAAAAUAUAUGGGGGUUUUGUCUUCCAUAUAAAGAUAAAAAAAACUGGCUUGUGCUUCUACCACUAGAGACUGUGUUUCCCUCUACUGAAGAUUUUGCAUCCACCCUCUCUUCAGAUGUGGUUCCCAUGGCCUAUUUUAUGGAGAUAAAUAAGGUUCAAAAUUACAAUACAUUGUACAACUAAAACGAAAUGGGCUACAAAACGGUUAAAUUCUUUAUUUGAUGAUGGUAAAAGCCAAUGGUGCAGUUCAGUUGAUUAUUUACUUUGGUUCUGAAGAAUUUUAAUGAAAUCUCAUGUUUCUAUAGUUUGAGAAUCUGCUCAUAGUAAAAGCAACAUUUGUUUGGAUGUUUAGUUCAUGCCUUCACAAACUCUUUUAAACUGUGACUGGGGGGGCGGGGGGAGGGAAAGGAAAUUAUUACACUGACAGAUUGAGACUGUCCUCAUUGUUUAAUAAGUCUGUUUGUUUGUUUGGUUUGUUUGAUGAGACCACUAGAGCACAUUGAUUUAAUUAAUCAUCGGCUAUUGGAUGUCAAACAUUUGGUAAUUCUGACACUUAGUCAUCAGAGGAAACCUGAUACAUU